AGCUGGCAUAAGAAGAAUUGAAUUGUGACUGGAAGGAAUUCUAAAGCAUCAAUGGCGGAACAAGAUGCGACACCGGCACCAAGUGAGGCAACUCCUCUCCGAUCAGGGAGACAUGGUUAUGCGUUUCUUCGACGAGAAAGGCCUUGGUGCGAAGGUUUUGAGGCUUAAGGGCCAAGCUGCACGCCAUUUGGAAAUGCCGUGGAGAGAUGCAAAGACGAUCCAUGAUUAUGGGGUUACAACCAUGAGACAUAUGGAGACCUACAUGGGUCAAUCUUUGAGGAAAUGGGAAUGUGUGACAACCCGGUCCGCUGGUCCUUGUAUUCGGGUCACGCGGGUUGGGGUGUUACAGACCCCGUCGACAUUUGUCCCUAGGAUGGUCCCUAUACGUCCGGUGAAUUUGACGAAGACCAUGAAUGAAACAGCGCCCUCAAAUGUCCAUGAAAUCGAUGAGGCGGAGCAGGAGGCGGCCCGCAGGAGGAAGGGUAAGGCUAUAGCCAAACCCAGCAAGACUCGAGAUUCGGUGUUCAAACGCCUAGGGGACAAAGAGGAUGGACCCCGCAAGUCUGCCAAGCUACGUCUUGGUCCUGAGAUGGGCCGGACUAGCGAAAUGGAAAGACUAGGCGGGAGUCGUCACGCCCAAUCUCAUCGUUCUAGGGAAUCUGAGACGAUUCACCAGGACGAGGAGGAAGCAGAAAGCCAGCCCAGGGCGUCGGCAUAUACCAGGCUCUCAUACGAUGAGGAUGACCUGGACAAGAUAGGGAGCGUAGCAAGAAAGCUACGUGCCCUGGAGGAAAAGGUGGAAGAAAAGGCGGGAGCGAAAAAGCACACCCUGGCUAGAUCUCCCUUUUCGGCCAGGGUACAUGCGCAAAAGUUAAGGCGGAAGAUUAAGCUGGAUUUGGAGAAAUUCACAGGAAAGGAGGAUCCAAACGUCCACCUUGAUACCUUCCACAAUGCAGCACAGAUGGCCGGGUGCACUAAUGUUGAGGAAUGCCUACUCUUCUUCUCAUCCUUGAGAGGGAGGCCAGUGGAAUGGUUUAACGGCCUUCCCCAUGGUAGGAUUGGGUCUUUUGAGAAACUUGCCGAAGUUUUCCGCAAGAAGUACCAGGACAACUACAUCAAGAGGAAGAAGUUCACCUACCUUAAUAUGGUAGGGCAGAAGGAGAAGGAGUUCAUUGUUAGAAUAAGUGACCAACACUAGAGAGGGGGUGAAUAGCGUUUGAUCGUAGAAAUCGCAUGAAUAAAAAAAACUUAAAAGAGAAGUAAAGAGAAGAGUAAGAGGCACACCGAAUUUUACCCUGGUUCACCACAACUUGUGGCUAAUCCAGCCUCCCGAGAGACACUCUCGAGCUACACUACUUCCGUUAAGCUUACGGGUGCUUAACAAACCGUUACAACCUGAGAACUCGAGUCCCACGAGCCUCAACAACACUUGCUCGGAGAUACCGCACUCCAAGACUUCAACCCGAAGGAAAAAUACCUUUCCUUCGUACAACCAAGGGAAACAAGCUUCCCUAAACGUGUUUACAACACUAAGAACAGAGUUCUUGUUCUG